UGACGCUUAACAGCUUUAGUGCAAAGGUAAAUCUCAGUGGUCACUCUGCUUCUUUGGGAUCAUCACAAGCAAGGAAAAGGGAUUCCGCUCACCCAUAACAAUCGAUCCAUCCACCACGACAAUCACCCCGUCGACCCCGACUUCUCUGCAGAAGAAUUCCCAUCGUUGCCGUCGACAACUUGUAUCUUCAUUGAUACGAGCAGACGGGAGGGAGUGAUAAAGAUCAGCGCCCCUGCGUUCGGUGGAAUAACCUUAUCACCAGGUCAGGUCCGCAGAUUCUUCACGCGACCAAGAGGAUCCAACACUCAACACCGGAAGUUCCACCACGUCUGCAACAAGAUAAAACAUAUACCUUUGAGAAGACCGAUGCGAUCCCAACAUGGCGUUCAAUUUCAACUGGUCGCCGCUGACGGCAGAUGCGGACUUUUACAAAAGAGCUCAAGAGAUGCUCACGACUGCCCUCAAUAAAUCUCCAAAACCACCGAUAAUCGUCGAUGACAUUUUAGUCAACGAGCUGAAUCUAGGGAGCGUGCCUCCCGAGUUGGAAAUACUAGAGAUUGGGGAUUUGGCAGAGGAUAGGUUCAGAGGAAUCUUCAAGAUGUGCUAUUCUGGAGACGCUUUUCUCACCCUCAAGACUCGAGUCCAAGCGAACCCCUUGAACACUUACCUAUUUUCAAAACCAUCCUUUACCUCGCCGCAGCCUCUAGCAGCGUCAUCUGGAUUGACGAUACCAUUGCAAAUUACCUUAUCGGAGAUCAAGUUGUCGGCCUUCAUCAUACUGGUGUUCUCGCGACAGAAAGGCUUGACCCUGGUUUUUCGAAAUGAUCCGCUUGAAUCACUUAAGGUCUCUUCGACCUUUGACUCCAUACCUUUCGUUCGAGACUAUUUGCAGAAGGAGAUUGAAAUGCAGCUGCGGACAUUGAUGAUGGACGAAUUACCCGCGAUCAUUCACAGACUUUCACUAAGAUUAUGGUGCCCGGAACACAGCGCCAAGGAAGAUCAAGAGAUGGAAGCCAAAAAGCCGGAAGAGGACGAGGUGGUUGUGGAUCCAUUUGGAAGUCCUCCACAAGAUGCCGUGGAUGCCAGAGGAAACGUGUUGGAUGCGAGCGAAAUUUCGUCCAUGACCCUCGACGGUGGCUCAGAGAUUCAUUCGCUUUUCUCUCAAAAGAACCUUCUCCGAUUGGCCACAUUGACUGAUUCUCAACGUACACUCUCACUCUUUACUCCUUCCAUCCGGGAUGCUGUUUUUAGAGCCUGGGCAGGACCAUCAGAAAGAAGCGACUCUGCCGGAAGCAGUACACCAGCAACCCCAAGUCUGAUGCGGUCACAUUCUUCGGUUGGAAGCACUAGUACAACAUACACUUUCAACAGAUCAUCUGAUGAUGGACAGGGUCACAUUCCGUCUCGACCAUCACUCGUGAGCAUGCAUUCGGCUACUACAGGACUAGGACUUGGUGCUGGACGACACUCACGAUCACAUAUGCGCAAGAAGAAGACUCGAGUCGUCAACUUGCGCAGAACAAAGACCACUGAUGACCUCACUAGUGAGUCUGGCGAAAGUGAGACUGCUUCUAUCGUCGCAGUGUCCGAGCCAGUCGCCCCUACACACAUUGAAGAGGAACCAGAGGACAAUAUCAUUACACCCCCACACUCUCCAUCUCAAAGAGUACGAUUCCGGACUAGCAGCAUUGAUCUUGGUGACUCGCCUAGAAAGCUUCGCCUUUCAACGUCAGAGCCCAUCGUUGACCACCUACCUGUUGAGGAGCCAUCUGUUCCAAUCCGAGAACAACGACCAGCGUAUACUAGCUUCUCUACUUAUACUCAAGAGAAGUUCUCGAAUUCAGCACCGUUACAUUACACGCCAGCUCCAGUUCUUUCCGAUACAUCCUCUGCAGCAGGAAGCAUCAUUGAACAAGCCUGGGUUAUGAAGAUGGCUAGUGAAAUUGCUCGUCGUGCUCAGGACGAGAAGGCAACAAGUCAAGGCUUCUGGUCUCGAGACGAACGAGAAGAAACUCCACCGCCAGCAUAUGCUCCAAAGGCCAACUAA